GCGGGCCGGCUCCGCUCCGCCUCCUCAGAGUUUGGGAGCUGAGAAGUGAUUUUUUUCUUUUUUUUUAACCCCCAAGGCAAAUGGCUGGCGCGGAAGCGUAGUUGGUCUCCGCUCCCCGGACCCGGGCUUGGUUCUUCUCUUGCGCCUUGGGACGCGGAUCGUCAUGCUGUGAUGUGUGCGAAGGAGGAAUCGAUCGCCUACACAGCCUGGAUCCCGCGGUUUGGACAUGACUGAGCCCCUUCAAUGGGCCAGAUAUCACUGGCAGCGGCUGAUGGGUGGCCCAGCCAGGGACGGUGAUGAGAGGCGGUACAGCUAUUCCACGCUGCUCGCCUGCGGGGGCAAGCCCUCUCAGACCCCCAGGCUGGCAGGCAGGCACCGGGUUGUCGUUCCCCACCUCCAGCCCUUCAAGGAAGAGUAUGAAAAGUUCUCUGGAACCUACGUGAACAACCGAAUACGAACCACCAAGUACACGCUUCUGAAUUUUGUGCCCAGAAAUUUAUUUGAACAGUUUCACAGAGCUGCAAAUUUAUAUUUCCUGUUUCUAGUCGUCCUGAACUGGGUGCCUUUGGUAGAAGCCUUCCAAAAGGAAAUUACGAUGCUGCCUCUGGUGGUGGUCCUUACAAUUAUUGCUAUUAAGGAUGGCUUGGAAGACUACCGAAAAUACAAAAUUGAUAAGCAGAUCAACAACUUAGUAACGAAAGUUUACAGUAGGAAAGAGAAAAAAUACCUUGAUCAGUGCUGGAAAGAUGUGACUGUUGGGGACUUUAUUCGCCUUUCCUGUAAUGAGGUCAUUCCUGCAGAUAUGGUCUUACUCUUUUCCACUGAUCCAGAUGGAAUCUGCCAUAUUGAGACUUCUGGUCUUGAUGGAGAGAGCAAUUUAAAACAGAGGCAGGUGGUUCGGGGAUAUGCAGAGCAGGACUCUGAACUUGAUCCUGAGAAAUUCUUCAGUAGGAUAGAAUGUGAAAGUCCAAACAAUGACCUCAGCAGAUUCCGAGGCUUCCUAGAACAUUCCAAUAAGGAACGCGUGGGUCUCGGUAAAGAAAAUUUAUUACUCAGAGGAUGCACCAUUAGAAACACAGAGGCUGUUGUGGGCAUUGUGGUUUAUGCAGGCCAUGAAACCAAAGCAAUGCUGAACAACAGCGGUCCAAGGUAUAAGCGCAGCAAGUUAGAAAGAAGAGCAAAUACAGAUGUCCUCUGGUGUGUUCUGCUUUUGGUUAUAAUGUGUUUAACUGGUGCCUUGGGUCAUGGAAUCUGGUUGAGUAGAUAUGGAAACAUACCCUUUUUUAAUAUCCCUGAGCCUAAUGGACAUGUCAUAUCACCAGUGUUGGCAGGAUUCUACAUGUUUUGGACCAUGAUCAUUUUGUUACAGGUCUUGAUUCCCAUUUCUCUCUAUGUUUCCAUUGAAGUUGUAAAGCUUGGACAAAUAUACUUUAUUCAAAGCGAUGUGGAUUUCUACAAUGAGAAAAUGGAUUCUACUAUUCAGUGCCGAGCCCUGAACAUCACUGAGGAUCUUGGACAGAUUCAGUACCUCUUUUCUGAUAAGACAGGAACCCUCACUGAGAAUAAGAUGGUUUUUCGAAGAUGUAGUGUGGCAGGCUUUGAUUACUGUCAUGAAGAAAAUGCCAAGAGGUUAGAGUCCUACCAGGAAGCCGCCUCUGAAGAUGAGGACUUCGCAGGCACCCCCAGUGGCUCCCUUAGCCAUGUGGCGAAGCCAAGGGCCCCCAGCGGCAGGACGCUUCAGAGCGGGCCUCUGGGAGGUAAACCCUCGAAGCAUCUUGCUGGGAGCUGGUCCGCUCUAGGAGGUGGAGAAGGGGCUGGCGAAGGUCCUCGCUGCAGGCAGGCUGCUUUCAGCAGCCCCAUGGAAACAGAUGUGUUACCAGACACCAGGCUUUUGGACAAGUUUAGUCAGAUUACACCUCAGCUCUUUGCCCCACUAGAUGAGACUCUCCCAAAUCCACCACCGGAGACUUGGUACAUCAUCGACUUCUUUAUUGCUUUGGCAAUUUGCAACACAGUAGUGGUUUCUGCUCCUAACCAACCACGGCAAAAGAUCCGACUCUCUUCACUGAGUGGAAUGCCCAUUAAGUCUUUGGAAGAGAUUAAAAACCUUUUCCAGAGACUAUCUGUCCGAAGAUCAAGUUCACCAUCUCUUGCCAGUGGGAAAGAGCCAUCUCCUGGGGUCCAAAACGCCUUCGUGAGCAAACUCUCUCUCUUCAGUCGAACAAAACUGGCUUCGCCUGUGGAGGAAGCGGUGUCCCGGACAGCAGACAGCCCUCAGGGUUCUGGUAGCUCAGCUGGCCCUACGGAAAAAGAGAAACAAAAUGGUGAUGCAGGCAUCACCAGUGGCAAGGCAGACUCCCUCCCUGGACAGCCCGUGACCUCCAGUCUGUGUUACGAGGCCGAGAGCCCGGAUGAGGCGGCCUUGGUGUACGCCGCCCGGGCUUACCAGUGCACUUUACAGUCCCGGACACCAGAGCAGGUCAUGGUGGACUUUGCUGCUCUGGGACCAUUAACAUUUCAACUCCUGCACAUCCUGCCCUUCGACUCAGUGAGAAAAAGAAUGUCUGUGGUGGUCCGGCACCCUCUUUCCAACCAAGUUGUGGUGUACACAAAGGGUGCUGAUUCUGUAAUCAUGGAAUUGCUGUCCGUGGCUUCCGCAGAUGGAGCAAGUCUGGAAAAACAACAGAUGGUAAUAAGGGAGAAAACGCAGAAACACUUGGAUGACUAUGCCAAACGAGGCCUACGCACUUUAUGUAUAGCAAAGAAGGUCAUGAGUGACACUGAAUAUGAAGAGUGGCUGAGGAAUCACUUUUUAGCUGAAACCAGCAUUGACAACAGGGAAGAAUUACUGCUUGAAUCUGCCAGGAGGUUGGAGAACAAACUGACUCUACUUGGUGCUACUGGCAUUGAAGACCGUCUGCAGGAGGGAGUCCCCGAGUCCAUAGAUGCCCUUCACAAAGCCGGCAUCAAGAUCUGGAUGCUAACAGGGGACAAGCAGGAGACAGCUGUCAACAUCGCUUAUGCAUGCAAAUUGCUGGAGCCCGAUGACAAGCUCUUUAUCCUCAACACCCAGAGUAAAGAUGCCUGUGAGAUGCUGAUGGGCACAAUUUUGAAAGAACUUCAGAAGAAGAAUCCAGCCUUCCCCAAGCAAGCAUCGUUAAGCAAGGAUUUAUACCAGCCUUCUGCUCCCCAGGGCUCAGGGCUGCGUGCUGGACUCGUUAUCACUGGGAAGACCCUGGAGUUUGCCCUGCAGGAGAGUCUGCAGAGGCAGUUCCUGGAGCUGACAGCUUGCUGUCAAGCUGUGGUCUGCUGCCGAGCCACACCCCUGCAGAAAAGCGAGGUGGUGAAACUGGUACGCAACCAUCUCCGGGUGAUGACCCUGGCCAUUGGUGAUGGUGCCAAUGAUGUUAGCAUGAUACAAGUGGCAGACAUUGGGAUAGGGAUCUCAGGUCAAGAAGGCAUGCAGGCUGUGAUGGCCAGUGACUUUGCCGUUUCUCAGUUUAAACAUCUCAGCAAGCUCCUUCUCGUCCACGGGCACUGGUGUUACACACGACUUUCCAACAUGAUUCUCUAUUUUUUCUACAAGAACGUGGCCUAUGUGAACCUCCUUUUCUGGUACCAGUUCUUUUGUGGGUUUUCAGGAACAUCCAUGACUGACUAUUGGGUCUUGAUCUUCUUCAACCUCCUUUUCACGUCUGCCCCUCCCGUCAUCUAUGGUGUUUUGGAGAAAGACGUGUCUUCAGAGACCCUCAUGCUACUGCCUGAACUUUACAGGAGUGGUCAGGAGUCAGAGGCAUACUUACCCCUCACCUUCUGGAUCACCUUGUUGGAUGCCUUUUAUCAAAGCCUGGUCUGCUUCUUUGUGCCUUACUAUACCUACCGGGGCUCAGACAUUGACAUCUUUACAUUUGGAAACCCCCUGAACACAGCUGCUCUGUUCAUCAUUCUCCUUCAUCUGGUCAUUGAAAGCAAGAGUUUGACUUGGAUCCACGUGAUGGUCAUCGUUGGUAGCAUCUUGUCUUAUUUCAUCUUUGCCUUGGCUUUUGGGGCCAUGUGUAUAACUUGCAACCCACCUUCCAACCCGUACUGGAUUAUGCAGGAGCACCUGCUGGAUCCAGUUUUCUACUUAGUUUGUGUCCUCACAACCUGCAUUGCUCUUCUACCCAGGUUUGUGUACCGAGUGCUUCAGGGAUCCCUGUUUCCGUCUCCAGUCCUGAGGGCUAAGCACUUUGACAGGCUGACUCCAGAGGCGAGGACUGAAGCCCUCAAGAAGUGGAGAGGGGCUGGGCAGCUGGGUCAGGCGGCAUCUGAGCGUGCUGUCCACGCAGCUGCCAGGCCAGAGGGAGGAUCCACGUGUGGCCCUUCUGCUGUCUUUGCAAUGACGCCAUCAGCUUGUUCUAUUGAGCAAGGAAACUUAUUUGUACUUGAAACUGCAUUAGACUCAGACUGUUCUGAAACUAAGACCUGAGGGAUGGCUGGACCCCCAAAGGGUUAAAAGAGCAGGACACCCUCCUUGGAGUUGCAACUGUUCCUUCAGGUCUGGAGGAGGGUCUUUGAAGAAGCACCUCUACCAAGCAAGAAUGACUUGGGUUUUUCCUUAAGGGUCAUGAAUGUUCUACUAGUUUGAACAAGCCAAUGUGAUGGCCUUCCUUGUGUGUUUGAUACAUUUGUAAAAGACGAUGGAGUUUGACCUGGACAGAGUUUAGGGAAGUAAAAUAUUUAAUUCAGAGUUGAAAGCUUUUAUGAAACAUUCUGGAUUUUUGUAAAAGCAUUUUAAUUGUCUUAGAUGUAUAAAUGUUUUCAAGGAGAUUCAUUUGAGAUAUAUUUAUUUUACUGUGAGAUCUCAGAUUCCAGAGAAAUGCUUUAACUGAGCAGACUCCAAUCUGAUUUUUUUUUUUUAAUUAAGAAAAAAGAAGCAGCUUUAGAUUAAUUAGUUAGAAUUGGGAGAGUUCUACAUGAAAAAAAGAAAUGUUAUAAAUGGCUAAUUUCCAGAGGAAACAUGUUACCAGAGCCCUUUAAAGAACAAUAUACCUAAAAUGGGAUGAUACAAUUUAAAAUGUAUUAGUUAUUAAUAGCUUUUUGUUUCCUAUGAGGAGUUUUUGGCCUUCUGACUGAUGCUGUUAGGCUACCUCUCUGCUCGUUCCAGGUUCUCCUGAUGUGGAGCCUUCAUCGGGAAGGGGGGGAUGCCAGGGUUCCAGCAGGUGAUAGGAACCAGCUUCCAGCCAAUGAAAGACCUUUCUGGAGGCCUGCCUGUGUGCGGAAUGGGUAAGACAGACAAUCAGCCGAGCCUAUAGCCCAUUUGGCAAUGUCCUGUAUUCUAGAACUGACAAUAGCCUGGUCGGGAUUCGACAAUCAGUUUCAAAACAGUCUUCAAGAGACCAUUUGACGGUUCAUCAUCUUUACAAUACCUACACCUUUUCUGGUGGUGUAACCUCUAAAACUGAGAUACGAACUGAGACUAAUACGGGUGGUUCUCAGAAGGAUUCCUUGAGGUUCAUAGAAAAAUGUUUUUUUAAUACACUUGCUGUUCAAAUCAUGUAUGCUGGCAUUAGUUUAUAUCAAAUAAGGCCAGGUGUUGUUGUUGAGUUCUUUAAAAAUUCUGUAUCUGUCUGCCUGAAAAUCGUCAGCCUCCAAUCGCCCAGAAUUUCCUUCAUGAAAUCUCCAUGCUAAUGUUUUGUUUUUAUAUCAAAGUUGUCUUAAUGACCAUCAAACUGUUAUUCUCAGGGCUUUGUCUUCUGCCUGCUGCCUACUGUCCUGGCCUGAUUUUCUGUAGCCUUCUGAUAUUAUUGCAAAUAGUCUUUUACAUAGCCCAAUUUCCAGAACUUUCAAAAUCCCAUAUAGCGAAUGGAAGUUGCUUUCAGCUUCCUUAUAGUUUUUAUUUUAUUUUAAAUAAACUGUUUAAUAAAUAAUGUGUACUGAAAAA